AUGGGUUCUAUAAAUAGGGCAUCUGUUGCUAGCACACCUGACACAAACGUCACUGCACGAGCCAACCCAUCCACGGCUGGUAACCAUGGCAACGACGGAGAAGAAGUUGCCAAAGGUACAAAGGUUCUCGAGCGCACAGCUACUGGCUCGGACGAGGAGAUAGAGGAUGAUUCUGUAGAUAUUACGGCAGCAAGCACAGGUACUAAGGAGAGGUCGGAUCCCACCGGCACAGCAGAAGCAAAGGAACCAACGGACACUACAGCCACGCAAAGCGAUACACUCACAUGCACAGACACACGCCUACCAACGCCCCCACACUCACCCCAACACACACACACACAACAGCCGCAACACCCAUCCACAGAACAGCCUCGCGUGCACACGCAGCACUCCACUGAGCCACCUCUGCACACGACUCAACCCACACACACCCCAGCACUCACCCUCACCCGCCCCACAGCACCCGAGGACACUUCUGCACCCAUUCCGCAGAACCAGGUGCAGGCAUCUGGACAUGCAAAGCCGGCUGAAGGGCAGAAGGGACCUCCACUGAACAGAGCGAACAGCACCCCGCACCGGUCCAAAGAUGAGAUCCAGGUGCAUACGCCUGUGCCUGGGUCGCCUAAUACCUACAAAUUCAGGUCCGCGGGGGGGUCGCCAGACCCUCUGCACCAAUCAAAAGGCAAAGAAUUGGGGCUGGACCAACAGAAUGAGUUUGAUGAGAAAGCGUUGAUGCGAUUGGCUGCUGAGCGGUCGCUGGAGGCGCAGAAGGCGUUGGUGGCUGUGGUGGAGGCCUUGAUGGACUGCAUACAGGUGCGUCCAUGGCGGGCAGUGGUGUGUGCAACGAGGGCUGUACUGAGUGUCAUGUCUGUGGCUGGAUCGGCAGUGGAUUUAAAGCCCUUUCAAAUGCAAACCAGCAAGAAGCUGUGGGACUGGUUGGACCCGAGCAAUGGACUCAAAUACGAACAAUCCGUUGAGCUGGUCAAUGCCUUCCUAGCCCUACACACACACGUCCACACAGACAUGUGCGAGCGCAGCAUCUGUGCCGAUCUCAGUCACAGCCACGCGCACGUGCGCAGCAGAGCAGCCAGCCGAUUCUCGUCCAUGUGGAGUGUCAGUGAAGGGCUGGCCAAUAAGAACGGGCGAGUGGGUCUCAGGAGAGCCACGCUGUGCAUGCUGGACUUAAUCAACGACGAAGACCUGUCCACCCAAUUAGAGGCCCGUUCGUGGCUGUCGUGUGCGUUGGGUACCAUGGCUUCGCUACUGGACCCGUUGCUGGAGAUUCUGCUGCACCCAACUACACACAGAAGGUCCGCAGGACAACUCACAGGCGCACAGAGACAGGUCACACUGAUCUACAGGUGA